GUUGGAGAAAAAUUGGAGUUGAUGUGCCGGGUCAAAGGUCCACACAUGCCGGUAACAGUGACUUGGAGCGUGCAACGUGAGGCUAAAACACCAGACACCAUCCUGACACUUUCCCCUGAUGGCACCAUCAGUUGGUCUGCAGAUCAGAACCACUACCAGCUACGAGUAGAAAGCAGAAAAACUGAAGUCAUGUACUAUCUGCUGGUCAUUGGUACCAGCCACAGAGAAGGAGGAAGCUACCAGUGUAAUGUGUCUGUCUUACUGAAGAAUGUGCACAAGGAGUUGAAAGCAUCCAAUCAGCUUUCUGUGAUAGUAAACAACCCAGUAAGCAGGCUUGAUGUGUCACCUAUUCCUGCGCUGACAACAAACAUGAACACUGACAUAACAAUAACAUGCUCCAUCGUCACAAAAACGUCUGAAUCAUCACUUUAUUCGAUCACCUGGCUGCAUGAGGAAAAUGCCGGAAAUAAGACCAUUGCAAGCUUGGACCGGAAUUCCAUAGUAACGGAAUCCCAGGUGGACCUGCGUCAGCGAAUCAGCAUGAGGCGCAGCAAAGGACCCACUUUUGAACUGAUUAUUUGGCAAGCUCGAAUCUCAGAUAAAGGUUUAUAUACAUGCAAAGUGGGCGAGUGGCUUCAAGAUCCUCGUGGUGAAUGGUAUCUGCUCUCAACAGUGUCCAAAAGCACAGUGCUAACAAUUACUGAGCCUGCCCCCAACCUUCGUUUAGAUAAGAAAGAGCAGCAGCUGACUGCCAAAGAAGGAGAUGAAGUCAAGCUCAACUGUAGCAUCACCUCAGGAGCUUCUGGUUCUUUGGUUUUCUAUCGAGUCAUUUGGCAUUAUGCUGCACACAGUUCUUCUUUGAAGAAAGCCUCCCUGGUGGAGCUUGAUCACACCGGCCUGGUGAGUUACCCAGAGAACAAAGACAUCAGAGGCCUGCAGGAGCGGCUACGCCUGUCCAGACCCACUCAGAAAAGCUUUUACCUAAGUAUUCAGAAAGCCCAUGAAGAGGAUAGUGGAACCUACUGGUGCCAAGUGGAUCAAUACCAGCUGGAUAAUGAAGCUCACUGGCAGCUGAAGGCCUCAGACAGUGGUGGUGCUAUCAAAGUCAGUGUAAAAGUAACAGAAAACAAUCUCUCUAUUCCAAAGGAGGAUGCAGCGAUGAAUAUAAGCAGAAACCAGGAUUUUACUUUCCCCUGUAACAUCAACAAACAAUCCAGCCAUGAAUCCAAGUUCCAGGUCACAUGGUUUUGGCAGAAAGAAAUAGAAACGAAACAGCGCCCCAUAUUCACAGUCUACAGAAACUCGACUCUACAGGACAGGUUUGGGGAGAAUGUUCGCCUGAAAUACGACCACCCUGACCCCAGCCAAUUCAGCCUCACCUUCUUGAAUCCUGGUCCUGAUAAUAGUGGCCUGUAUUUCUGUGAGGUAGAGGAGUGGCUGCCUUCUCUGUCUCGUGGGUGGAGAAAAGUUGCAGUGGAAAAGUCAGGGCAUUUCAAUGUCAGUGUUCUCACGGAAGGUGAUGCUAAUGCCGAUUCUGAAUGUAGCACAAGGACUUAUAUAAUAAUAGCUAUUGUAAUUCUCAUCGUCUUAGUUUUAGUCCUAUUGCUACUCGUAGUCACGAUGUGCAGAAGUAAAGGCUCACUGGGAAACAAGUCAGGGCCAUCUCUGUGGGGUGAAUCAGUGCCUAUGAACACCAGUCGAAGUGGAGAUGACUGAACAGCAGAAACUUUUUUUUGUUUUUUUUAAACGCACACAUGCAAAAGUUUUCAGUUGGACUCCACCUAGUUUUAGACAAGUGGUCCACCACACUUGUUUCAGAACUCGAGGGGACUGAUCUUUCCAAGCUGUUGCACCCAGACUGUUGAAUGCACUUCCUCUAUCUGUACAGCGUUUGGACUCGGUGGAGACCUUCAAAAAGCAGCUAAAGACAUUUUUAUUUUGAAAAUCUUUUAAUUAGACCAGGGCUUGUAUGAUGUAUUUAUGACUGUAUUGUGUUUUUGAUACCUCUCUUGUGAAGCACUUUGUGACAUCUGUCUGUAAAAUAUGCUACAUAAAUAAACUUUUACAUUUA